GCUGGCUAGCAAUAUUAGUUUGUUGAAAAAUAUUGAUCUGUGAAAACGUUGGAAGCGAAAAAUUAUUUAUAAAUAAAAAGUAUUUAAUAUCAAUAACUAAAUCGGAAAGUUUAAAAAUGAAACUUGAUAAUCUGUCUAAACACGGGAUACUAACCGCAAGUUUAAUUAUAAUAUUUUUAACGGUGUUGACAGUUUUGGCGGCAAAUAAAAUACAUGAAAUUAAUUACUUAACAUACAUGUUUAAGGAUUUCAAUGAAUAUGAGCAAAAUCCCCCACCUUCACUAGAUGUUCCAAUUGCUGUUAUUGUUAUAUCAUUGAUUAUGAUUAUUAUAACUGGACUAAUGAUUUUGGGAAUUAUUAAGCAACGUCUAUUAUUUAUAGCACCCUGGUUGAUUAUUUUCAGUUUUAGUAUCAUUGGUGAAAUUAUAUUCUUUGUACAUCAGUUAAUAAGUUACUUUUCUCUUGAAUUAUUACUAUAUAUCUUAUGUAUAAUUGGCAUACAAAUAUUGAUAUUCUCACCAGUUGCAUUUUUAUUCCACGACAUACGUUGUAAAAAUCGAGAAAAACAUUUCUUUGAGACGAAUCUGAAACAAGAAGUUCAAACAAUUUAUUCGGAUCCAACUGCACCAAAAAUCUAUGAUUAAAUCAAAAUCUACGUUUUUUAAGAGAAAAAAAUAAUAAAUUGAAUCUAAGUAAUAAAGA